GGGGCAACCACCUUAACAUCAGCUGUAACUACCACAACUGGUCUUAGAACAUCAGAGGGAAUUACCACAGCUGCGGUUUCUGCAAUCACAUCUUCUGCCCCAAUGACACCACAGCAGACAACUACCACAACUUCGCCUGUAACUCCCACAACCUCGCCUGUAACUCCCACAGCUCCAGCUGUAACUACCACAACUGAAGUUCCAAACUCCACAUCUUCAUCCCCAACUACCACAACUGGUGAUUCCACAACCACGACUUCAGCUCCAUCUACCACAACUGGUGGUCCAACAUCCACAACAUCAGGAGAAACUACCACACCUCUGGUUCCCACAACUGUAAGCAGCACAGCUGCAGUUCCACCCACCACAACGUCUGCUGCAUUUAUCACAUCUCAAGGAACUAACAAAAAUGGCAUUCCAACCACUACCACACCUGUGAAUCCCACAACCGCCUUCUCAACAUCGAGAAACACACCUGGGGCAACCACCAUAACAUCAGCUGUAACUACCACAACUGGUCUUAGAACAUCAGAGGGAAUUACCACAGCUGCGGUUUCUGCAAUCACAUCUUCUGCCCCAAUGACACCACAGCAGACAACUACCACAACUUCGCCUGUAACUCCCACAACCUCGCCUGUAACUCCCACAGCUCCAGCUGUAACUACCACAACUGAAGUUCCAAACUCCACAUCUUCAUCCCCAACUACCACAACUGGUGAUUCCACAACCACGACUUCAGCUCCAUCUACCACAACUGGUGGUCCAACAUCCACAACAUCAGGAGAAACUACCACACCUCUGGUUCCCACAACUGUAAGCAGCACAGCUGCAGUUCCACCCACCACAACGUCUGCUGCAUUUAUCACAUCUCAAGGAACUAACAAAAAUGGCAUUCCAACCACUACCACACCUGUGAAUCCCACAACCGCCUUCUCAACAUUGAGAAACACACCUGGGGCAACCACCAUAACAUCAGCUGUAACUACCACAACUGGUCUUAGAACAUCAGAGGGAAUUACCACAGCUGCGGUUCCUACAAUCACAUCUUCUGCCCAAACCACCCCACAGCAGACAACUACCACAACUUCGCCUGUAAAUCCCACAACUUCGCCUGGAACUCCCACAACUCCAGCUGUAACUACCACAACAGAAGUUCCAAACGCCACAACUUCAUCCCCAACUACCACAACUGGUGGUCCAGUGACCAAUGCUGCUUCCACUACCACAACUGAGGGACAGGCAAGAACAACUUCAGCUACAACUCCCACAUCUAUGGCAACAACCACAACUGUAGUUCCAACAACCACAUUUUCAGCCACGACCACCACACCACAGACAACCAUCAUAGCGUCAAGUCCAACUACCACAGCUGGUGGUCCCACAACCACAACUUCAGCUCCAUCCACCACAACUGGUGGUCCAACAUCUACAACAUCAGGAGAAACUACCACACCUCUGGUUCCCACAGCUGUAAGCAGCACAACUGCAGUUCCACACACCACACCUUCUGCUGCAUUUACCACAUCUGCAGGAACUAACAAAAAUGGCAUUCCAAUUACUACCACAACUGUGAAUCCCACAACCGCCUCCUCAACAUCAACCAACACACCUGGGGCAACCACCUUAACAUCAACUGUAACUACCACAACUGGUCUUAGAACAUCAGAGGGAAUUACCACAGCUGUGGUUCCUGCAAUCACAUCUUCUGCCCCAAUGACCCCACAACAGACAAUCACCACAACUCCAGCUGUAACUACCACAACAGAAGUUCCAAACUCCACAACUUCAUCUCCAACUACCACAACUGGUGGUCCAGUGACCAAUGCUGCUUCCACUACCACAACUGAGGGACAGGCAAGCACAACUUCAGCUACAACUCCCACAUCUGUGGCAACAACUACAACUGUAGUUCCAACAACCACAUUUUCAGGCAGGACCACCACACCACAGACAACCAUCAUAGCGCCAAGUCCAACUACCACAACUGGUGGUACCACAACCACAACUUCAGCUGCAUCUACCACAACUGGUGGUCCAACAUCCACCACAUCAGGAGAAACUACGACACCUCUGGUUUCCACAGCUGUAAGCAGCACAACUGCAGUUCCACACACCACAACUUCUGCUGCAUUUACCACAUCUGCAGGAACUAACAAAAAUGGCAUUCCAACUACUACCACAACUGUGAAUCCCACAACCGCCGCCUCAACGUCAACCAACACACCUGGGGCAACCACCUUAACAUCAGCUGUAACUACCACAACUGGUCUUAGAACAUCAGAGGGAAUUACCACAGCUGCGGUUUCUGCAAUCACAUCUUCUGCCCCAAUGACACCACAGCAGACAACUACCACAACUUCGCCUGUAACUCCCACAACCUCGCCUGUAACUCCCACAGCUCCAGCUGUAACUACCACAACUGAAGUUCCAAACUCCACAUCUUCAUCCCCAACUACCACAACUGGUGAUUCCACAACCACGACUUCAGCUCCAUCUACCACAACUGGUGGUCCAACAUCCACAACAUCAGGAGAAACUACCACACCUCUGGUUCCCACAACUGUAAGCAGCACAGCUGCAGUUCCACCCACCACAACGUCUGCUGCAUUUAUCACAUCUCAAGGAACUAACAAAAAUGGCAUUCCAACCACUACCACACCUGUGAAUCCCACAACCGCCUUCUCAACAUUGAGAAACACACCUGGGGCAACCACCAUAACAUCAGCUGUAACUACCACAACUGGUCUUAGAACAUCAGAGGGAAUUACCACAGCUGUGGUUCCUGCAAUCACAUCUUCUGCCCCAACGACCCCACAACAGACAAUCAGCACAACUCCAGCUGUAACUACCACAACAGAAGUUGCACACUCCACAACUUCAUCUCCAACUACCACAACUGGUGGUCCAGUGACCAAUGCUGCUUCCACUACCACAACUGAAGGACAGGCAAGCACAACUUCAGCUACAACUCCCACAUCUGUGGCAACAACUACAACUGUAGUUCCAACAACCACAUUUUCAGGCAGGACCACCACACCACAGACAACCAUCAUAGCGCCAAGUCCAACUACCACAACUGGUGGUACCACAACCACAACUUCAGCUGCAUCUACCACAACUGGUGGUCCAACAUCCACCACAUCGGGAGAAACUACGACACCUCUGGUUUCCACAGCUAACAUCAGAGGGAAUUACCACAGCUGCGGUUUCUGCAAUCACAUCUUCUGCCCCAAUGACACCACAGCAGACAACUACCACAACUUCGCCUGUAACUCCCACAACCUCGCCUGUAACUCCCACAGCUCCAGCUCUCCAGCUGUAACUACCACAACUGAAGUUCCAAACUCCACAUCUUCAUCCCCAACUACCACAACUGGUGAUUCCACAACCUCGACUUCAGCUCCAUUUACCACAACUGGUGGUCCAACAUCCACAACAUCAGGAGAAACUACCACACCUCUGGUUCCCACAACUGACAUCAGAGGUAAUUACCACAGCUGCGGUUUCUGCAAUCACAUCUUCUGCCCCAAUGACACCACAGCAGACAACUACCACAACUUCGCCUGUAAAUCCCACAACUUCGCCUGGAACUCCCACAACUCCAGCUGCAAGAACAACUUCAGCUACAACUCCCACAUCUAUGGCAACAACCACAACUGUAGUUCCAACAACCACAUUUUCAGCCACGACCACCACACCACAGACAACCAUCAUAGCGUCAAGUCCAACUACCACAGCUGGUGGUCCCACAACCACAACUUCAGCUCCAUCCACCACAACUGGUGGUCCAACAUCUACAACAUCAGGAGAAACUACCACACCUCUGGUUCCCACAGCUCUGUGGUUCCUGCAAUCACAUCUUCUGCCCCAACGACCCCACAACAGACAAUCAGCACAACUCCAGCUGUAACUACCACAACAGAAGUUGCAAACUCCACAACUUCAUCUCCAACUACCACAACUGGUGGUCCAGUGACCAAUGCUGCUUCCACUACCACAACUGAAGGACAGGCAAGCACAACUUCAGCUACAACUCCCACAUCUGUGGCAACAACUACAACUGUAGUUCCAACAACCACAUUUUCAGGCAGGACCACCACACCACAGACAACCAUCAUAGCGCCAAGUCCAACUACCACAACUGGUGGUCCCACAACCACAACUUCAGCUGCAUCUACCACAACUGGUGGUCCAACAUCCACCACAUCAGGAGAAACUACGACACCUCUGGUUUCCACAGCUGUAAGCAGCACAACUGCAGUUCCACACACCACAACUUCUGCUGCAUUUACCACAUCUGCAGGAACUAACAAAAAUGGCAUUCCAACUACUACCACAACUGUGAAUCCCACAACCGCCGCCUCAAUGACAGACAAGCACAACUUCAGCUACAACUCCCACAUCUAUGGCAACAACUACAACUGUAUUUCCAACAACCACAUUUUCAGCCACGACCACCACACCACAGACAACCAUCAUAGCGUCAAGUCCAACUACCACAACUGGUGGUCCUACAACCACAACUUCAGCUCCAUCUACCACAACUGGUGGUCCAACAUCCACAACAUCAGGACAAAAUACCACACCUCUGGUUCCCACCACAUCUUCUGCCUCAAGUGCCACACCACAGUCAACCACUAUCACUUCAGCUACCCUCAGGGUGAUAACGAGUACGUGCCACAUGGGCUCCAUCUGGAUCCUCCACCUCCUCCUCCUCCUCCUCUUCCUGCACCACCAACUGCUCCGCCACCUCCCGUCCACUCACCCCACAACCCCUUCCUGAGGGUUAAUGUCACUCCACAAAAAGGAGAGAUGGCUCCACAGAUCCCUCAAUCUCCUCCAAAGACACGAAGCGGUACAACUAUCUUUAGCUGCCACUCUCACAAACCUGGCAACAACCACAACUGUGGUUCCAACUACAACAUCUCCUUCGACCACAACAACAGCCCCUGGGGCGGCCACCAUAACUUUAGUUCCAACCACCACAACUUCAGCUCCAACUACUACAACUGCUGGUCCAAAAAACACUUCUGUGUCUACUGCCACAAGGGUUGUUCUGACAACCACAACUAUAGUUGGAACUCCCACAUUCUUGGCAACUAA